GAUUUCAUUUUAUCCAACUCUGCUCAUUGCUGCAAGGCAAACCCAAGAAUCACAGCCUCCAGACUUUGCACAGUUCGGACAACCUCAGAGUUGGUCCAAGGAUGUCAAUGAAGCAUGAAGACCUCCAGUCCUUGGAGAGUGAGAAGAAAAGCCAGGGUUCUAGAAAUGGGCUGCCUCCUCCCCCAGCCUUCCUGCAGCAUCUCUGCUCUGGCCCCUGGCCCCUUCUGCUCUCUCUGGGCCUCAUCCUUCUCCUGAUGAUUGGUAUCUGCGUGAUUGGAUCCAAAAAUGCCAACAUGAGGAGGGACCUGGAGACCCUGAGAGCAACUUUCAGCAACUUCACUUCCAACACGAUGGCUGAGGUCCAGGCACUGCACUCCCAGGGUGGCAGUUUGCAAACAACAAUAACAUCUCUGAAAGCUGUGGUGGAAAACCAGGAGCAGGAACUGCAAGCAGCCCGUAGCCUGAAUGACACGGUGUUUUCUCUGGAGAGCAAGCUGGAGAAAGAGCAGCAGGAAUUCAAAGCAGAUUAUUCUGAAAUGCUCCUGCAAGUCCAGCAACUGGUCAACGACCUGAACUCCCUGCAUUGUCAGAUGGCUGCGCUCAAGAGCAAUGGUGAGUGGUGUGUAGGGCAGCGCCUAGCCCAGGGGUGGGCAAACUUUUUGACUCGAGUGCCACAGUGGGUUCUUAAACUGGACCGGAGGCCUGCGGCGGAGAAGCACUGCCAGCUGAAGAACGCCCACCUGGUGGUUUUGAGCUCCUGGAACGAGCAGAAGUUUCUUGAGCAACACAUGUACCGUAUGGACAUCUGGAUUGGCCUUACUGAACAACAUGAUCCCUGGACAUGGGUGAAUGGGAUAUUCUAUAAUACCAGCUUCCAGAACUGGAGUCCAACGCAGCCAGACAAUUGGUACUACCAUGGGCAAGAGUACUGUGCCCACUUCGGGACCGAUGACCUAUGGAAGAAUUACCUGUGCAUGAUUCCCUUCCACUGGAUCUGCGAGACAGAGCUGAACAGAUCCAGCUCCUAGCCUCCUCUCCCCUAAUCUAUUUCGGGAAUGCUUUCACCUGCUGAGGGAACCUGGGUGGGGAUUCUUUUUUCUGGGGGGCCUCCUGCAUCACCCCAGGGGUUUUCAUCUGGGAUUUGAAGGGAAGGGGAGAGGACGAUGUGUGAGGAAUGCAGAAUGACGUUCGAUGGGGUGGGUGGAUGAAAAACCACGCCACUCUCUGCAAUUUGCAGGUUAUUAUUGUUAUGCCCAGAUUUCAAGAUCUCCAGCAGACCAACAGGG